AUGAUUAAAAAUCUGGGAAAAGCGAAUUACGAUUACAGCGCAGGCGAUAGCGAUGAGAUGAGCGUGGCUGAAGGCGGAUACCUGUUGAUUCUCGAUGACAGUGAGGCUGAAUGGCUCCUAUGCAAAGCCACCGACUCUGAUCAAUCAGGGCUCGUUCCUGGGAAUUAUUUGGAACUCGUUCAGCCAUCUCUGACACUGAAAGCUGUGUAUGAAUACACCGCUAACAGCGACGACGAGUUGUCAUUCGCAGAGGAUGAUUUGUUAGAUAUCUACAACCCAGUCGACGGCGACGAUUGGUUGUUGGCUAGUAGACGCGCCGACACCCAAUCUGGUUUGGGUUAUAUCCCUGCCAAUUAUACCCAAGAAUGUAGCCCAGGACAGAGCACAGAUGUUGCACCAGAAAUCCCCACCGGAAACCCCCAAGAACACACCCCAGAAACACCCCACGAAACAACCCCCGAACCCCCGGUUUACCAGCCAUCGGUCGCUGAACUCGGCCCUCCACCCGCGCAUCCCUCCAGAUCUUCCCAACCUUCCCAAAAGAGCAGCAACCAACAAGACCCCAUCCAAACCUGGCCAAUUACCUCCAUCGACGCCAAGAAGAAGCGUAAGGGUACCCUCGGCAUCGGAAACGCUGCUCUCUUCUUCUCCUCCGACAACGACAAGAACCCCGUCGAACAAUUCUCCUUGUCUGACUUAUCCACCUUCCACAUCGACAAGAAUCGUCUUUACGUCUCUUUCUCCACUCAAUCCCUCGAAUUCCUCGCUUCUGACCGCAAAUUCAUGCCCGAGAUCGAUCACAAGAUACGCUACAGCUCCAAUUUAAUCAACAACAACCUCGACCUCGAUGAUGCUGUCGUUGACGGUGAUAACCAAAUCAACUCCGAUAACUCCGAUGACGAACCUCUUUCCAACAAGACAUCAAAAGGCGUUCACUUUAAAGAAACCCCUCCAUCUCCCAUCGAAGCCCCUCAGUAUUCUUCUGACGACAACGAAACUAGUACUCCCGACGAUCCUCCCGCUAUCGCUAUCGCCCUGUACGACUUUGCAGCUGAAUCCGAUGACGAGCUGAGCGUUAAAGAGGGUGACCGUGUUCUCGUCCUCGACAGAGUAUCCAGUCUCGACUGGUGGACAUGCAAGCAACACAUGAAUGAAGGUGUCAUUCCCGCCUCCUACUUGCGAAUAAUUGAGGAGAAUGUGAGUGUGGACAAGUCAUCAAGCCAGCCGACGUCGAAAUCGCAACCCGAACACGAACAAAACCACGAUCCCGAAGAAGAGGCUAUGAAGAGGGUGAUUGCCGAGACACACAAACGCAACGAAGCAUCAACGCUCGCGAUGGAUGUCGCCCCUGCUCAUCACCCGUCCCGCCAUCAAUCAAAGAAUGACAGGCAGUCCAAGCAGGGCAAAGGAAGACAAUCACCCACUCACAAACCUAAACCUAACCCCGCUAACCUCCGUCUGUGGCAUGAUAAAACGGGACAGUUUAAAGUUGACGCCGAGUUCCUCGGCUUGCGCGAUCAUAAAUUACGCCUGCUCAAGGUUAAUGGCGUCACUAUAGAGGUACCCCGCGAGAAAAUGUCCAAGCCCGAUCUCGACUAUAUAGACGGGAAAGGGGGUGAUAGUGGUAGUGGGAGUGACAGUGGGAGUGACAAGAGUGAAAGCGAGAGCGGAAGCGAAAACAAGAGACAGAGUAAAAGCAAUACACGAAGGGCGCACAAAGUCAAACCAACACGACCAACCCAGCCAUUCGAUUGGUUUGAUUUCUUCCUACAAGCCGGCUGCGGUGUAGAUGAGUGUGACCGCUACGCACGCAAUUUCGAGCGGGACAGGAUGGAUGAGGGAAUAUUACUAGACAUCGAUAGCAGCACGCUACGCACACUAGGGUUGAAAGAAGGGGAUAUCCUGCGCGUCAACAAGGCUAUCUCGGCUCGACGUCUCGCUAGCGGUGACGGGGUUGUGAGUAAAGAGGAGCAAAUACGACGCGAUGAGGCGUAUGCGCGCCAGCUUGAACAGGAGGCUGCACCUCCACCUAACCUCUUCGCUAGUGGUCCAGGAGGUGUACUUAAGAACACGCGUAGAGGUAGACCUACACCACGCUCUCCGGUGAAUGACCAGAUAGACGAGGGGAGUAUUAGCGUGGCUAAGGAGUCACUGAGUAGUGGUAAUGGUGGGGCUGGCAAUUUGGGUCAAGAUGUGAAUCUGUUGGAUCUGCACGAUGCCAAUGAUGCAAAUACUAAUAAUACUAGCAAUAACAACAGCAACCCCAAGAGAAGCUCUUCGACUACCCCCCUCACAAGCGGCUUCGAUGAUGAUGCCUGGACCGUGAGGGAUAAUGUGCAGAGCAAGAUCGCCGACACACCUUCACCCAUAUCGGCCGAGACAAUAACAAAGAAUGAGAGUGUAUCGCCGGUGCCAGCGUCAGCUACAGGAGCAGGAGGAGCCACAGAACCCACACAACCACUCCAGCCGCAACCAACCAAUACCCUUAACACCCCACAUAACCCCAACUCGAUGGAUAGCAUCAUGGCGAAAAUCGCAGCGAACAAACAGGCGCAGAACGACGCAGCACACAAGGCGCAACAGGAAGCACAAGCUAGAGAGCUAGCGGAGCUGCGUGUGCAACAGGACAGAUUACAGAACCAGCUGCAGGCGUUGCAGAUGUCGCAGUCGCAGCAGCAGCAGGCGCAACCUCAACCCCAACAACCAAUGCAAACAGGAUUACCGAUACCAUCACACUUACCAGCACACAUGCAAAUGCAAGCUCCCGCCAAGGGCCCUGUUGCACCACUUCCUCAAAACCAGAGCCUGCUGCAGCCACUCAUACCGACGAAUACAGGGCUCAGUUUUAGACCCACCUCCACAUCUGCAUCCGCAUCCGUAUCACCGGGUUUGACGCCGCAGCAGACUGGACUCAUGCCACAGCAGACGGGAAUGCAGGGAAUGCAGGGUAUGCAGGGUAUGCAAUCACAGAUGCAACCACAGAUGCAGCCUCUCCACCCCCAACUUACAUCCAUGCAGGGAUUCACUCAGCAGAUGCAGCCCAAGCCGGGUUUGGCUAGCCCUGCCAGCCCAGUCACCUCACCUACAUCCACUAGCUCAAACCAAUACAACCCAAGCUCAGUCUUUGCAAGCAUGCGUUCGGGGCAGUUUGACGCAGGCGGUGCAGGUAAUACCCCUCCUCAACCAGCUCCCAGCGACCGCUAUGAUGCUCUCAGAGCCCAGCCGACGGGCAUGGGCUACAUGAUGCCCCAGCAGACAGGAUACAUGAAUAGCAGCUAUAGACCAUACUGA